CUGAAAAUGGCCGAGGAGCUCCGACUGUUUGUUUUGCAGUUCCAAUAUGGUAGCCACCAUGCAAAAAAGUUUACAGGAGACACUUGAUGCGAUUCGAACACAUGAAAUUAAAACGACAACUCAUUUUGUGUCAUGGUCUUCGCCUAAAGGAUUUGGGAAUCUUGGUGUACCAUGUGGACAGAAGAAAGUGUUGUGGCAUCAAAACAUGCCAUACAUUAUUCUGGGAGUGAAGCGAUUGACCUGCCAUCAUGGAAAAGACCAAAAACAAGCUCGCCGUACAAAGACCAUGAAAUGUGAAGAAGACCAUGAAAUGGAUCAACAAAAGAAACGCACCAGGAAAACGCCUAGUAAAAAGCUUGACUGUGUGGCCUGUAUAUACGUUAAGGAAGUGCUGUCUUUCCCGGAAUUGAAGACUGAUGUUAUUAAAGAGCGUAAAAAGAAAGCAAAGAUUGUUCGGAGUUCGCUUGAAGAUGGAAUCCGGUGUUUCUUGUUGGUGCUGCCAGAUGUCAAUCUCCACAACCAUCCUGUUGAGGAGAGGAAGGCCUCUAACGGUGGCAGAAUGUGGCAGUGCGCAAGGUGCGGGAAGCAAGAUAGGAAAGGCCGGGUGGCAGCACACAUAUUGAAGGAGCAUAUACCGCUACACCAGGUCCCGUUCCACUGUCUGCUGUGCCAGUUCAGGUGCCUGGACAGUAACACGCUGAGAGACCAUGUGAGCCAGUAUUCACGACAUGUGAGCCAGGAAAAGAACAUGAGAAAACCCAUAGAUUAUGCACAAUUCCUGGUUAAAGCAGAGAGGCCUAUUCAUAUCACGAGUAACGACAUGUUCCAGGUUCAGGGUCGCUUGACCAUAGAUUUGUUAAAAGACAAAUCUGAUAGUGAAAACCAGCCACCAGGUGUAUGGCCAUCCUGGAUAGAGCCUGGGGCACAGGCAAGCCCGAGUGGACCAGUAAGUGCAAAAGGGAACGAAGCCAGGAUGACUGACCUGGAACAGUUGAUAGAGGUGUUAGAGUUUGGCAAUACGUCCAACAGUGAGACAUUCCAGGAGUUACAGCCAUCAGAGAGGAUAUAUAAUGUCUCUUACAUUGAGAGAGCGCCGGUGGUAAACCCUGGUGGAGCUGCCCCUGAUAAUAUCAUUUAUGAAAUAGUGGAUGCUCCCUCUCAAUCCGGCGAUUUAUCCAGCAGUUAUGACCAGGUUGUUGAGGAAACAGAAGUCCUUCCCAAUCAAGAUGACCAUCUUUACCCAUUAUUAAAUGGGUUUGACCGAAAGACACAGUCAGUGAGCGGCCCAAAGGAGGACCCAUCAAUCCAAACAACCUUGGAAGACCGCCUGGCCAAUAUUUUUGAGGCCGGCGUGAAAAGGAUAACUCAAGCGAUCGACGAGGGGGUCAAGGUGAUGGUGGAGAUGCAGCGUGCAACAGAAGCGACCCUGCAGGAGGUCAAGCGGAUAGAGCAGAACGUUUGCUAUAUAUAUAGAUCGGUUGCAGAAGAGAAGGAGGAGACCAGCACAGAGGAACAGCAAAAACUCAAAACCAUUGUAACUAAACGCAAGUCCACUGAAGAAGACGAGGUACGGAAACAAAAGAAGAUAAAAAUGACAUCUAAUAGUGAGGUUACAGUUGUGGAUGUCAAGUAAAUAAUUGUUAAAAAUGUAAUCCAUACUGAUAUUGUUUAUAAUUGUUAAUGAUCUCAAAUUUAUAAAAGGUAGCAGGAGCUGCCUUACUUUUGUCUAGUCACAGAUAGAGAAUUUGAAGAUUUCAAAUUUUGGCAAUUUAGGCCAGGGCUUAGCGCCAUCCUGAUGUUACAGAUGGACUAGACCUGUGUCCAUCAUGCCAGGAUCAUUAAAAGUAACUUAAUAUUGUUAGUAAUUUUAGACUUAAUAUUGUUCAAUUUUUCAACCAUUGUUCUUGCAAAAUAUUAAUAAAUUAAAUUGGAAGUUAUUUCGUAUAUCAAAGAUAAUGUAGGGUUUUAACAUCAACUGAUCUCAUACCUUUAAAUUUUUGGCACAAACAGCAAAACGAAGUAAUUCUUGUUGGGAAUUUAACUAUGUUCACAUAUUUUCAAUGUUUUUUCGCGUGAACUCCAUCAUUUUUCUUUUGAAUCUUGAGUUUUCUUGAAAUAGUUCUUGAUCUAUCGUGAUAUACAUUUCUCAAAACUUGAUAAUUCAUUCUUGAUAUGGCAUAGGAAUCAGCAUGUCUUUCCACAAGGUGAUGAUGUCAGCCAAUCAAUUAUCAAUAAUUCACCUUAAAUGCACUAAUAAUACAUUGUUGAAAUCCAAUCUGUUAUCUUAAAUCCCAUUUCGGGAACUUCACGGUCAUUUGUCAGUGUGUGUGCUAUCUUGAAUGUUUCCAAUGGCUGUUGACAUCAGCCAAGCUUAUACAGAUUGUUUAUUUCACUUCGUCAUGCUGUGCCAAUGUAAAUAUUAGCCAAAAUGUAUUGCUGUGUACUGUGCCGCCGUCUACUACUGUAUAUAUAUAAUGUUUGACGUUUGCUGCUUAUAUUUAUUUGCCUUUGCAAAAAAAACACAACAUGAAACGUUCAUUGGCUUCAUCAUUUUAAGGAAGCUGGUUUUACUUGACUCUCGAAAAGACUUAGUCACCCCAUUUAUAAGGGGAGAGGUUUAAAUGCGGUGACAUAGCAAACCAGUUUUCUGUGAUCUUAGUCACGGAACGCCCUGGCCAGAUCGGGGGGUAACUUGGACACGCCCAGUUAUAGCGUGCCAAAGGGGCUAAGUUGUAACAAUAUGUAUUGUAUUUUAACUUUAAUUCUAUUUCACACUUGUUAAUAUUUUUCUUAAAAUGACUUGAUAUUUUAUGCCGGUAUUAUUGUUUUUAAUUUAUACGACACUAAGGGAAUGCUAUGAAAAUGAGCAGGUGCCAAACUAAAUGUGUCCCAAGCAAUAAAUUAUGAAAGUGG